AUGCCUCCUGGUCUAUCCAAGUCUUUGCAAGUCCGGCCGCUGUCGCGCGCUGACGAGGAUGAUGAGUCGUAUUCCGACGAAGAAAGCGCCGCGCACUUCGAUUUGCAGCUGGUCUGUGACCGGCCGCCUGUUCUGGAAACCAGGACAUCUGCGCAGGUGGUCAAAGCCGUUGGCAGUGCGAUCCACAGGGUGGGCUCCAAGUUCGGGAUCUACGAUGCCUCCCUGUCUCCCGUGCCGGAAGACCUGGAGCAGGAGGAGACUCCAGAGCCCCCAGAGGAGUCGCGGGCGAAGCGACUCUGGAGGCGAACUGCUACCACGGGGUGCGACAUGAACGAGAUGAAAGCCAAACCCAAGAAGCUGGUCCGUCGAAGGAGUCUGGAUCUGGAUAGUCGUGCUACGGCCCUGACGGCCGUGUCCAACAGAGGCCUCGGAGCAAAGCUCUCUCAAAGUGGGCUGAAGCUGGACUCAUUGGAUGGAGGAAGCCAACCAAGCUCUGUGCCAUCCUCUACGAUGCAAGACCUGGGACUACCUUUCAUUUUCAGGCGGAGCAGCCAUCACCUGAACCGCUUAGCAUCCGGCAAGAAGCUGGGCAGCUUGGCCUCGCUGGCCGGCUCCCUGCCCUCCAGUCCGCAGAUCCUCGAAGACAAUCUCAGGCAGGAGGGUGCGAAAACCAGGGCAUCGAUUCUGGAUUUCGAGCACCUCUUCGUGCAAUACUUCGUCGAAGUCAUGCCGUGCCGAGGACGCUUUGCCGGACGCUUCUCUAGAGAACAGAGACCUCCCGGCACUGUUCGUCUUGCCCAACCUUCUGCAUGGGAAGUUGCCCGAGAGUGGAAAGAAGUGCUGCUGGACCUUCUCAUGCAACACAAGGCAUUGAUCCUGCAGCACUGGCCAGAGCUUCAACUCACCAGGAAGGGAUUGGAAAGGAGGCUGAAUGAAGAGCUGGUUGUUAAGGACGAGCUAUCUGGUCCAAAGAGCCGUGUGCUGCUGACGCUGGCACCAGAGCAAGUGUGCCACAGACUCUUGUGGGCGUUGGGUGACAGCAUCCCAACGGAGGUGGCUCUCAAGCAAGUUGAACGUCGCUUGCAAGAGCAUUUCCCCCAGAGUCAGGUGCGUUGCAGCGAUAACUGGCUCUGGCCAGCAAGCGUGAUCCGCACACUUUUUGGAAUCACUUGUGUGUUGUUGGUCGUGGGCCUGCGUUCGGCCCUUCUGGCUGCUCUCAUCGUUUACGAGACAGAACCGCCCAUCCCCGGCAAGAAGCGGAAGGUGGACGUGUCUGGUCCCACCUGGGAGGAGCUGCUCGAUCAGCUCUCCGCUAGGCUUAUCCUGGCAUCGUCCUUGGGAUACCUUUGGUUGCUGUACGGGAUAGCAGCGGCGUUUCCACUGCGCUCUUUGCACAGCCCAUUUCAGCGAGAUUUAGGUUGUUUGGCUGCAUACUCCCGGACUGGGACGCUGCUUUUCAGGAUUGCAGCUCCCAUGGCCGCCUGUGGCAUUCCUGCCGCAAUGGCAGUGCGGUUUGACAGGCUGGGCUUGGGCCUACUGGUGCCGGCACACGACCGGCCAGUCGGCUUUCACACGGCGGCACUGGCAGCUGCCUGUGCACUGCCACCUUUGAACAUGGCAGCUGCAUGGAGCAUCCGCUCAUCCCUUUAUUCUCAUCACCAUUUCCUGAUGGUCCUUCUCUUUGGCAUGCACCUGGGUGCUGCCUUUGGUUUCGUCCUCUACUUCGCGAUGAUGAAAUGGGCUGUGCUUGGCGCCGCCACCGUCGUUUUUGCUGGAAUGCACCUCUUCGUUUGGUACCAGGCAGAGUUCACAAGCGUGAGUCUGCUGAAAGCUGCACAGUUGCAGUGGGCCUGCGCACAUCUGAUUCCAAUCCUCGGCAUGCUGAUUUCUGCUUCUCUCGAAGUGGAAAGUGGCGUUGCUCGAGCACUGGUGUUGUUCAUCUGCGAAUCGCAGGAGAUCAUCCCCACGAAAAUGUGCAUUCGAAUGCUCCUGAGCUCUGCUUGA